AUGGAGUUUGCAUUACUAAAACAUGGAACCACUAAUAACUUAGGAGUAUUUGUACCGUACGGCACGGGGUCUAGACGAAAGACAACAUUUUAUCAGGUCAGACUAAUCGAUCAAUUUAUCCGGCUGUUGACUAGUCGCCUGAAUACAGAUUACCCCGAGUCAGUAUCAGGUCAGGCUAAUCGAUCAAUUUAUCCAACUGUUGAUUCCUUUUUACCGUAUGACGAUGACGAGGGGUAA